CCUCCCUCCUAUUCGUCGUCCCUCGCUUGCUUCUCUCUACCCUCGUCCUCCUCGUCCUUCUCGUCGUCGUCCUGCUUCUCCUCGUCUUCCUUCUCUCUCAAAUCCUCGUCGUCUUCCCCUUCCUCUGUGGCCGUUCUGGCUGAAGCCAUCCUGCAUAACCGACUCUUCAUCAGUACCUCCUCUGGACCACCGUGGCUAGAUCCAGCGAUGCAAGCUUCGGCACAGGCCGUCCUCUUCCUGCUCUUCUGCUGCGCUGCUCAGCCCGGCAGCUCUGUCUCUGUUUCCGAGAGAUGGCCCUGGAGCAAGAAGAAAAACGCUCAGCCAGCCGCAGCGGAGGCCCCCAUGCAGAAGCAAUACCUGGCCCCUGGCCCUGCUCCGGCUGAGGACGUCUUGAGUGAGCUGACGCAGGCUGGGUGCUACAUGAGGAUGCCCUCCGGAUGCCCCAAGGCGCCCAUGAGGACCGAGCUGUGGAGGCACGACGCCUGGGCAGAGAAGGAGGGUCUCGACCAGGAGGGGUGCAAGUCGCGCAAGGCGGUGUGGGACAAGUACUGCGAUGCGACUGACGCGCAGAUGGCCUUCGUGGCCAACCAGACCCGCAGCCCACCGCUGAGUGCGCUCCAGAUCUCCGCUGGGUGGACGUGGCCGUGGAGCAAGAGGAAGGCUGCGCCGGCGGCUGCCGAGGAGAAGCCAGCCGAAGCCAAGGCGGCGGAGACCGAGGCGGCGGUUCUUGCCGUUGACACGGAGAGCAAGGUGAAGAGCCCCACUAAGCCUGGGUGCUACAUGCGGAUGCCUUCUGGGUGCCCCAAGAAGCCCAUGCAGACCCAGAAGUGGAGGCACGACACAUGGGCGGAGCAGCACAGCCUCGACGAGGCUGGGUGCCAGCAGCGCGGGGCCGUGUGGAACGGCUUCUGCGGCGCGGAGGACGCGAUGAUGACGUUCGUCGCCCAGCAGUGAGUACUAACGCGAUCCAGCAGCGGUAGGUUGGGCGGCCUCACGCGAUGCUUCGUCGCGUUAAACAAUCGUCGUUGGGGGUCUCAGCCCAUGUCUUUUCAUCGCUCCAGUUUCCCCAAAAUGCGACACCUUCAAUCUUCAGUUCGGCGCUUGUUGGGAGCCGUCUUUGCAUUUUCUGGGGCCGUCUUCGGCCGUAUAGACGGUCUCUUGUGCUGCCUUUGGCCGUUCGGGAGACUCAAGAGUAUUUGGGUGGUAUUGGGGAAAUCUCUGGCCAGUCCUUGGCCGGCAUGGGGCCAUCUGCAGGCGUUGAUUGAG